GCAAUUUUAUAUAGCGCUUUGGUUUUUGUUUUGUGAGACAGGGUUUCUCUAUGUAGCCCUGGCUGUCCUGUAACUCGCUCUGAAGACCAGGCUGGCCUCAAAUUCUCAGAGGUCCACCAGCCUCUGUGUCCUGAGGGCUGGGAUUACAGGCGUGGGCCACCGCUGCCUGGCUUUAUAGUAUUGUCCAGGGAAUACUGAUACGUGAAAAGGUCUGCGUGUUCAGUACAGAGGGCACUGCUUUGGGUCUGAGUUUGGCAGAGUUCAGUGGGUGCAGAUGAUGUAGAUACAGAGAUGGAACAGUGGCUAGGACUGGCUGCUCCCACUUAAAAUGCUUUGAGGGUACAUGGCCUGUUCCCACCUACUCCAGGGGCCAAGAGACAAAGAUUAUCUAGAGCCCAUAAGGUAGCCUCAACAAAGAAAGUGUUCACACUUUGAUGUUUGUCUUGUUUCUUUUUCUCUGCCAGGCAGAAUCCUUGUUAUUUGUAUGAGCCAGGGCUUUAUGUAGCUCCAAGCUAACCUCAGAUUCUCUAUGCUUCUAUAUCAGCCUCCUGAGUGCUGGAGCUAUACUGUGUGUGCUCCAUAUGCGGGGCCGGCAGGUUUUUUCUCCAGAUGCCUGGUACUGGUAGUUACCUACAAGGACUCAGGAGCUAAAACUUCUAGCAUUCAAACCGUAGCCUGAGUGGCUGUGGUCUUAAGCAGGUUAUAUCUGUAAAAUAAUGUUGUUUAUCUCAAGACUCUUCUUGGUGCUAGGGUUACCGUCUCAGUGGUAGAGCACUGCCUAGCAUUCAGGAGUCCUGGUGUGUUCCUCCCCAGUACCAUCUCAAACAAACCCACAAAUAUGUAGAUUCAUGUACAGUGCUUACAGCAGCCUAAGCCACCUUUUGGCUAAUUCAUAACAGCGUUGUGAAACCCUCUCCUCCAGAUGCCAAGUUUCCUAUGGUGGGAUCUUCUUAUUGUCCCCUAAGUACUGGCCUACCUUAUGUUAAAUGAGGGUGCAGAGCAUUGUUGUGGCCAGUGGAUCCUCCAGUUCCUGAUAGCCCUGACGGUCCUGCCUAUCUUUUGUUCCUGCAGGUUUGGGGCGCCCGCCCCCCGCUAGGCCAAGUAGAGGGGGUCUCCCCACCCAAUGGGCCUGGCCAGGGCCCUGCGCCGCCUGAGCGGCGCACUGGAGUCAGGAAACAGCCGAGCUGGUGAUGAGGAGGAGGCGGGGGCCGGGCUGUGCCGCAAUGGGUGGGCGCCUGGGCCGGAAGCCGGGAGCCGGCGCCGCGGGCGCUUCGUCAAAAAAGACGGGCACUGCAAUGUGCGCUUCGUGAACCUGGGUGGCCAGGGCGCGCGCUACCUGAGCGACUUGUUCACCACAUGUGUGGAUGUUCGCUGGCGCUGGAUGUGCCUGCUCUUCUCCUGUUCCUUCCUCGCCUCCUGGCUGCUCUUCGGCCUGACCUUCUGGCUCAUCGCCUCGUUGCACGGUGACCUAGCUGCCCCGCCGCCCCCGGCGCCCUGUUUCUCGCAGGUGGCCAGCUUCCUGGCUGCUUUCCUCUUCGCGCUGGAGACACAGACGUCCAUAGGCUACGGUGUGCGCAGCGUCACCGAGGAGUGCCCGGCUGCUGUGGCCGCUGUGGUGCUGCAGUGCAUCGCAGGCUGUGUGCUCGACGCCUUCGUCGUAGGUGCAGUCAUGGCCAAGAUGGCCAAGCCCAAGAAACGCAACGAGACCCUGGUCUUCAGCGAGAACGCAGUGGUGGCUCUGCGGGACCACCGGCUCUGCCUGAUGUGGCGGGUGGGCAACCUGCGUCGCAGCCACCUGGUGGAAGCUCACGUGCGGGCGCAGCUGCUGCAGCCCCGUGUGACCCCAGAGGGUGAGUACAUUCCACUGGACCACCAGGAUGUGGAUGUCGGUUUUGAUGGAGGCACUGAUCGCAUCUUCCUCGUAUCCCCCAUUACCAUCGUGCACGAGAUCGACUCUGCCAGUCCACUGUAUGAGCUGGGACGGGCUGAGCUGGCCCGGGCUGACUUUGAGCUGGUAGUCAUUCUUGAAGGUAUGGUUGAGGCCACAGCCAUGACUACCCAGUGCCGUUCAUCUUACCUCCCAGGCGAGCUGCUCUGGGGCCACCGCUUCGAGCCGGUCCUCUUCCAGCGUGGUUCCCAGUAUGAGGUUGACUAUCGCCACUUCCAUCGAACGUAUGAGGUCCCGGGGACACCAGUGUGCAGUGCCAAGGAGCUGGAUGAACGGGCAGAGCAGGCUUCCCACAGCCCUAAGUCAAGUUUUCCUGGCUCCCUCACUGCAUUUUGUUAUGAGAAUGAACUUGCUCUGAGCUGCUGCCAGGAGGAAGAUGAAGAUGAGGACACUAAGGAGGGGACUUCAGUAGAGACCCCAGAUAAGGCUGUCAGCCCCCAAGCUCUUACACCAACCCUCGCACUAACCCUGCCUCCAUGACACAGCUGAGGUCCACUUUCCCGUGUGACACCCCUUCCCAAUCAUGACAGGGGUGGAGAGCUUCCAGACUCUGUUGGGAGUGGGGCAGGGGCUUCUCAGGACCAGUGGCCUGCUGAGCUAACCACUAACCAUGAAGAUGUCUGCUGCAGAUAUAACACCUUCAUUUCUCUGCUCCAUUCUCACUCCCAAGACCCUUUUAUGAGCUGAAUUUCUGAGUCUUACCAAAGCUGAGGGAUCAGAUUUCUGGAGGAGUGAAGGCUGGAUUCUGGUUAGCAUAGGAGAGAUACACAGCCACAGGAGGAAGACGUCAACUUACGCAGAUCAAGAAACAAAGAUUCAAGCAAUGGUGGCUUUGCUACCUUCAGGAGAGGAGGGGAUAGAAUACUUCAAGGAUUCUGGAUCAUCAUAAUUGACCAAAAACAGAAUGGUGACUGGACUGUGUGUGAAGAAAAGACCUCUGGUAGUUCCAGAGCCCAAGAGCUGAGAUUAUCUGAGUCUAGGUUGACAUUGGGGAUUCUAGAACAGGUUGGCUAGAGAGUGGAACUUCUCCAGAAACUACAAAGCUAUGUUUCUAGAAUACACAAAACAUUGCUAGGUCUCUGAGUUUGAAAGGAGAGACUGAGCUGGCAUGCUGAGGCCCCUGAGGCUGGAGAGCUCUGGGGUUCUGGCUGUUUAGGGUCCAGCUGAAGGAGUGAGUGUGGCUUCUCCAUGAUCCACAGGGUGAAUGUUGUCUUUGUUUGAAGUGCCAUUCUUAGAACAUCCAAAGGAAUCAGGAUUCUGUGGUUCAAGGUUUAGCAGAAUCCAGGCAGGGUUCUAGAGGUCUGUGACUUGCUGGCUCCACUUUACCCAGCAGGGCUGAGGAUCUCUAUGACCUUGAGUGACUUCCUGUGGUUCUGUAAUGCCAAAAGAAAUCAAAAUUCCAGGGACCAGAGCUGUCCUUUCCCAAAGCCUAGAAGUCCUAGUCACCUUCAUAUGGACAGCCUGGCAGUUCUAGGAGGCAGAGACUCUUGUGUGGAGCUUGUGAGCAAGAUCCUAGAGGACCACAGGGCUAACUAGUGGGCAAGGGAAGGGAGAGGCUGAGGCUGGCGAGCCUAAGGGCUGGACUGCUGCACCUAGUGAUGUGUGUUUAUUUCUCAUAUGUGUAUGAUAUAUGACAUAAAUACAGAUCUCUAUG